AUGGGAGACAGUCUCGUAAGUAGAAGUCCGUCAUCCUCCCGCCGCCUCCCCUUCUUCUGGACAGCGCCGCCGCUGACGGGACAGACCCUUGCCCGUCAACGUGCCCCAAAACGUCCAUCCGGCAGGCAUCCCAUGGGUGGACGCCAGAGGCCGACCACUGGUACUUCGACAGAGUCGUGGAAUACGUGGAUGCAAGUUAUCAUUAUUUAUGUCUUUCAGACGGAGAUUGAGCGGCUUCGACGGGACCUCAACCUCACACGCCAAGAGAGGGACGUCUAGAGAAGGUGCGAACCCUGCAUCCGCACUCAAAUGGAUGCGAUGCACAGGGUCUGCGUCCCUAUGUUUUACCUCUGGUUCAGGGAUGUCGACAUUGUGCGUCGAGAGAGGGGCAGGAGACCCGCGAGAGGCUGCAGGCGGAGGAGGCCCGUCGCAUCGAAUGCGACCACGUGGGCACACUCACCACCCCGGAGAGGCAAGCCCUCAUCGUUCGAUGCCAGGAGGAGCAAGCCCGCCUGAUGCAGCUGGUGGUGAGAGCCAGUACGGGCCUCGAUGAGCACGAGGAGCGGGAGAGGGAGCUCGAAGAGCUGUGCCCCGUCUGCUUUGCAAACCCAAGAGAGGCGCCGUGCCGUAGGCCACCGACAGGGGACAAAUGGGAUGGUGGUGUGGGGAUGUUUCUUUGCUGUUUCCUAUCGUUCAGGCUGUGAGCCGCACCAACGGGCGUUGUGCGAUGAGUGCUUGGCCCACGUCCUGCAGGACGCCCAGGAGCACCAGAGGGCUCCCCGCUGCCCUUUUUGCCAGGCUGAGUACGAUGCAGCGUAG